GCGGAGGGGGGGGCGUGGCGGCGGCGGACGCUCGACCUCCGCGGGUCUCCCCCGUCUUUUCCCGCCAUGUCGUUUGUAGCGAGUGCCCGGUCCGCGGCCGCGCGACGGCGCCGCCGGGUCACCCCGGGCUCCGGGGCUCGGCCUGGGUAUUCCGACUUCACUCAGGGGGACGGCUGGGGGGAGGGCGAGGUCGACGAGGACGAGGGCUGCGACCAGGUGGCCCGCGACCUGCGGGCAGAGUUCUCAGCCGGGGCGUCGUCGGAGCCCCGGAGGGCCCCGCUUCUCCCGCCCGUCGGGGACGGGUCGCCCGUCCUGCCCGAUAAGCGCAACGGCAUCUUCCCGGCCACUGCGGCCGCCAGAGCCCAGGCUCGGCGCUGGCCCGUCCAGGUCCUCUCCAUCCUGUGUUCGCUGCUCUUCGCCGGCCUCCUUGCUUUCCUCCUCGCCAUCGCCUACCUGAUCGUUAAAGAAUUGCAUACAGAAAACUUGAAAAAUGAAGAUGAUGUAGAUACUGGGCUGUUAGGGUUCUGGUCUCUGCUGACACUGUCUCUAACUGCUGGAUUCUCCUGUUGCAGCUUCUCUUGGACAGUAACUUAUUUUGAUUCUUUUGAACCAGGAAUGUUUCCGCCUACUCCUCUUUCACCUGCUAGGUUCAAAUGCAGAGCUUCAGCUAUCUGUUUGCGGCUCAGUACCUCUGCUAGAUGCCUUUGGAGGAAACUGACUGGACAUUCUUUCCACAUGGGCUAUAGUAUGGCAAUUUUGAAUGGCGUUGUAGCUGCUCUUACUGUGGCAUGGUGCCUCAUGUAAACCCACAGUAGGGCAAUAUUGUUGGUGAAAGUCCUGAUUGUUUUAUAAUAACAGAAAUGAGCAUUGCCUACUCAGAAGACUAUGAAAUGUGAAUCAGAUACAUACGUCGUCAUCAUUAUGGAAGACCUUAUAGAACAUCAUUUCAGAUAUUAGGCAAUGGGAAUAUUUGAGUACUUUCAAAUACUUUCUUAAAAGUAUAAGAUGUUUACCUCAUCUUUUUACUUUUGCUUAUGUAAUUUUAUAAGUUACAGAAAAUAUUUUAAUGGAAAUCAAACUUGGAAACUUGAAUACAGGAUAAUGCCUCCAUUUCUAUGUAUACUCCUUUUUUUUUCUAACAUGUUGAUGUUACUGGUUGAGAUAGAAGUAUUUCUUAUUUAUAUAUUACAUUAAAAAAAUACUGCUAACCUGCUGAACCAGGUUCCCUGUUCAGUGAGACCGUUGCAAGAAAAAGAAAACAAUGCUUUUGCUUUUAACAUUUUAUAGAAACUACAUCAGUGUCUUUGAUAAUCAAUAGAAUGCAAAUGUACAUUUAUAUUUUUUAUGGAAUAUACCUAGGGGUUUUAUAUAUUUUUAUAAUAUUGAAUUUAUGUUUUUAAAAUGAUUACAUUUAUACCUAUAUGACUGUAAACUUCAUUUCUUAGCUGGUAUAACCUGUCCUUUACUAAGUAUUUUUUUUAAGCAUUAAAGCACAUUGAUUUGAGUUUAAAAUUAAGUAAAUUUAUUUUUUAACAAAAAAAUAUUGAAAAUUCAGGGUAAACUAUUUGUCAUUAUAAUGUUAAGAAAUUUGAAACUGUUAACCAUUUCUAUUUUCCGCAAUUGAUAGUAUUUAUUUUGAUGUAUAUAUUGGGGUGGCAAAACAUGUACUAUUUUGUUUUUAGUAAAUGAAAACCUGAAUGUUUUUUAAGUAGAAAAGGUAUUUUGAUUAUAUGUAUAUGUAAUUAAACUUCAAUGUGUGUGUUGUAAUAUAGUUUUAUACUUUUUCUGCUUAAAUAUUUUGUCAUGUUAAGAUUUUUUGUUGUUUUCAUAGUAAUUAAGCCUUAACUGUUUCUGUCUUGCUCAAUUUUCUAAGUGUUUAGAAAGUCAACUCAAUUUUAGAAAGUUGAAUGAUUUACACAGCUCUUUUUCCUGGCUGUAGAAAAACUUAGGUAAGGAAAACAUUGUGUAUUCUAGCUAAGUGGGAAAAGAGUUUAUGUAAUGCAUUUGCAGCCCCUGAUGAAUGCUGGGUUCUAAAAGUCUGAUGUUUCCUCUAUAUUCUCAAAAAUAAGAAAAAAAGUCAUUUCCAUUUAAUUGGAAAUGGUUCAUAAUUUUCUAAUUUAAAAUGAGAGAUGGAGAGGGACAUAGACAGGGUCUUACUAAAUACCAAUCUAAUGGCUUAAGUAUUUCAUCAGUUAUGAUUGUUAGAAUGAUUCUAUUGUUUUUUUUUUUAUUGGCGCAUUCUCAUACAAUAUAUUUGACAUUCUUUUCAUUGCAGCUCUGUCUAGAUUUUUCCCACCUCCCUACCCAUCCAACUUCAUGUUUUCUCCAUCUCAGGAAAAAAAAGAAAUCUUUUUGUUUGUU